AUGAGGCUGGCGCGGCUGCUGCGCGGAGCCGCCGCGGCCGGCUCGGGCCCGGGGCUGCGCGCCGCCGGCCCCCGCGACCGCCGCAGCCUCGCCUCGGACUCCGGCUCCGGCCCGGCGUCGGAGAGCGGCGUUCCGGGCCAGGUGGACUUCUACGCGCGCUUCUCGCCGUCCCCGCUCUCCAUGAAGCAGUUCCUGGACUUCGGAUCGGUGAAUGCUUGCGAAAAGACCUCGUUUAUGUUUCUGCGGCAGGAGCUGCCUGUUAGAUUGGCAAAUAUAAUGAAAGAAAUAAGUCUCUUUCCAGAUAAUCUUCUCAGGACGCCAUCUGUUCAGUUGGUGCAAAGCUGGUGCAUCCAGAGCCUUCAGGAGCUUCUUGAUUUUAAGGACAAAAGCGCUGAAGAUGCAAAAGCUGUUUAUGACUUUACAGAUACUGUGAUCCGGAUCAGGAACCGCCACAAUGAUGUCAUUCCCACAAUGGCUCAGGGAGUGAUUGAAUACAAGGAGAGCUUCGGGGUGGAUCCUGUCACCAGCCAGAAUGUUCAGUACUUCUUGGAUCCAUUCUACAUGAGUCGCAUUUCAAUUAGAAUGUUGCUCAAUCAGCACUCCUUAUUGUUUGGUAGGAAAGGAAGCCCAUCUCAUCGAAAACACAUUGGAAGCAUAAAUCCAAACUGCAAUGUAGUUGAAGUUAUUAAAGAUGGCUAUGAAAAUGCUAGGCGUCUGUGUGAUUUGUAUUAUAUUAACUCUCCUGAACUAGAACUUGAAGAAUUAAAUGCAAAAUCACCAGGACAGCCAAUACAAGUGGUUUAUGUACCGUCCCAUCUCUAUCACAUGGUGUUUGAACUUUUCAAGAAUGCAAUGAGAGCAACCAUGGAACACCAUGCCGAUAAAGGUGUUUACCCCCCCAUUCAAGUUCAUGUCACACUGGGUAAUGAGGAUUUGACUGUGAAGAUGAGUGACCGAGGAGGUGGCGUUCCUUUGAGGAAAAUUGACAGACUCUUCAACUACAUGUAUUCAACUGCACCCCGACCUCGUGUAGAGACUUCACGCGCAGUGCCCCUGGCUGGUUUUGGUUAUGGAUUGCCCAUAUCCCGUCUUUAUGCCCAGUACUUCCAGGGGGACCUAAAGCUGUAUUCCUUGGAGGGUUAUGGGACAGAUGCCGUGAUCUACAUUAAGGCUCUGUCCACAGAAUCCAUAGAAAGAUUGCCUGUGUAUAACAAGGCUGCCUGGAAGCAUUACAACACCAACCACGAAGCCGACGACUGGUGUGUCCCCAGCCGAGAGCCAAAGGACAUGACAACAUUCCGCAGUGCCUAGAUGCGCUGGGGACAAACUGGCUUUUGUGUUAAAUUUGGAAGGGAUGGCAUUCAGAACUACAUUAUACCAAAUACUUCACAUGUAAAAAAAAAAAAAAAGAAUAAACUCUCACUCUUAAAAAGAGUUCCAGAGGAUCAUCAAUAUUUUACAGUUUUACCAAAUCUGAAUUGUAUUUUAAUAUUCCUGUCAUACAAGAUGAGAUCCGUAAUAAAAUGGCAAAUUAAUUUCAAUUCCUCAAUCAAUUUUUAAGGAAUGAAAUUCAGCCACAGUAUUUCUACCAUUACCAUUUACCCAGGAACGACUAAUGUGGCCU